UACCUCAUUGUCAUUGAUGACAUAUGGAAAAUACAAUCUUGGAAAACAAUAAAAUAUGGUCUCGUGGAGAAUAGAUGUGGAAGUAGAAUAAUCACAACCACUCGUGAUUUUGCUGUUGCUGACCAAGUUGGUGGUUCUUAUAAACUGAAACCACUAAGCCUAGAGAGCUCUAAAGAAUUAUUUUAUGGAAGAAUCUUUGGCUCUGAAGAAAAAUGCCCUCAAGAAUUGACUGAAGUAUCUUUAAAGAUUUUGAAGAAAUGUGGUGGUGUACCCUUGGCAGUCAUUACCAUGGCUAGUCUAUUGACCGUAGACAGUACAAUAGCAAAUCCAAGGGAGUGGGAUCAGGUGUGUGACUCUAUCGGUUCUGGUCUUGGAAACAAUCCUGGUGUGAAGGAUAUGAGAACGAUAUUGUCCCUAAGCUAUUAUAACCUACCUUCCCAUCUAAGGACUUGCUUAUUGUAUCUACCCAUAUAUCCUGAAGAUUAUGUGGUCCCAAGAGAUAGAUUGAUAUGGAAAUGGAUAGCCGAAGGUUUUAUCCCAGAAAACAGUAAGGAUGGCCGAAGCUUAUUCGAGGUUGGGGUGAGUUACUAUAAUGAACUUAUAAGUAGUUGCAUGAUCCAGCCCGCUGAGUAUUUUCAAGGUUGCCAUUUGCAUGAUAUGAUGCUUGAACUCAUUUGUUCAUUGUCAAGUGAAGAGAACUUUGUUAGUAUAUUGGAUCAUAUUGAGGAUAGCACAUCCCCUCAAAGCAAUUCUAGGAGGAUAUCUCUCCAGAAUAAAAGGGAAAAUCAUCAAACCACACCUCCUUUUUGCAUGAGGGUAACACAAGUGAGGUCUGUUACUGUCUUUCCACCUGCUAUUGAUCUAAUGCCACCUCUUUCGAGCUAUGGAGUUUUACGCGUACUGGAUCUGAGUGGAUGUUAUUUGGGGGGAAGUGGCCAUAUUAGGCUUAAGUAUAUUGGGAAUUUAUUGCACCUGAGAUACCUAGGUCUAGCAAAUACAAAAAUUUGUGAACUCCCAUCAAGUAUUGGGAGGUUGCAAUUUUUGCAGGUGUUGGAUAUAAGGAGCAACUCUCAGCUGCCAGCAUUACCGCCGUCUAUUAUUAAGCUGAAAAGACUGUUAUGCCUGCAAUCUGACACUUAUGGAAUGGCUAUUUUUCUGGAUGGGUUUGGGAAUCUGACAUCUAUGGAAGUGUUGACCGGGAUACCUGCAUCCCUAAACAUUGUGAAAGAGCUGUGUAACCUAGCAAGAUUGAGGGUGCUGGAAAUUUUCUUUACUUAUGAUCAGAGCUUGGAGGUGGAGGGAGCUUUCGUAGAAUCUGUUUGCAAGCUGCCAAAUAUCCAAAGUUUAACCGUGCAGGGUUCUUUUGAAUCCAUGGAUCUCUUUAGUGGGCGCUGGGUGCCUUCUCAACAUCUGCGCAUAUUUGACUGGUACAAUGCAGGCGUAUUCUCCACACUGCCAGCGUGGAUAAGGAGAUAUCCCUCUCAUCUUUCUAACCUCUCCGAGUUAAUCAUCAAAGUCAAGAACCUGCAGGAGGAGGACCUGCGAGUCCUUGGGAUGUUGCCGUCUCUUAGUAUUCUCGGCUUAUGGAGCACCCACCAAACGGAAAGGCUUCUAGUCAUCGGUGCUGAUGCAUUCCACUGCCUUGCAACAUUCAUAGUGCAUUUGACGCCACCUGCGCAAAUAAUUUUUGGACAAGGAGUUUUGCCAAGGGCUGAAGAAGUUGGUUUCAAUUUUGGUGUGCGGUUGGCUAAAGAUGAAGGCAAUGAUGAUUUUGACAGCGGCCUGGGGAACCUGCUCUCCCUUCAGCGGGCCUUUCUUAGAAUCUGUUGUGGUGGAGUGACAGUUGGGGUGGCGAGGAAAGCGGAGGCUGUGCUCAGGCACCAAGUCGACGUCCAUCCUAAUCACCCUGAAGCUACAAUUAGUACCGAGCCGUCCAUACCACAAGACUGAAUUACAACAUCUAUGAUAAAGAGAAACGAAGGCUGGAUCAGGCGGGCUGACCUCUCAACUCAUGUGACCGGAGAGCGCAGAUCCAGCACGCGGCGACUGGCGCACUCAUGUCAGGAGGCCAAUGGGGAGGCAUGCCUGAAUCUAUUGCUGACGAGGAGUUUUGGAGCUUCCUGCUGCUGCGAAUGCGCAUUGCCAUUAUAUUGCUAGCCGAUGUGGAGAACAUGAUGCUUGCCAGGCAGCAUCUUCUCCCGACACAGCACAAUAGCACAUCCUUCUCCAUGGGGAAUCCAAGGGCAUGUCAUCCUAGUCAUUGCAUGGAGCUGCAUGUUCUUGUAAUUUUUGCUCGCGCCGGCAUGGAUAUGUUAAUGACUUAAUGUGGUGCUGCAUGUUCUUGUAAUUUUUGCUCGCGCCGGCAUGGAUAUGUUAAUGACUUAAUGUGGUGGAGCUGUGCUUCCAUAUACGUAAACCCCUAAAAAUGUUCAGGGGUUAUUUUUCUUUAUCAAAUUUAUCUAGACUGUCUUCCCUUCGUUCAAUAAUAACUGCUUCAGUAA